UUCAGAAAAGGAAAAUUUAGGUUGAAUAACGUUACUAGUGGGUCAUUGGAGGAACAGUCGGCUACGGUUAGGACGCAGGGGACGUGUCAUUAUAUAACUUGUAUAGGUAGAAAACUAUGCUGCUUCGUAAAGUGAGCCAGUCCUCCGCACUGUGCGGCUCCAUUCUCAGGAUUCCUCCCGUGCUGUCUGGAGGUCAGCGUCAUGCCGGGGCUGUUGUUGCUGUGCAAAAUGCCCGUCUCUACGCAAGCCAAGCUGCCGAGGCGGUGCUAGAGAAGCCUGCAGCAGUUGGCAGUGAGACUGCCGGUAAAGUGGAGAUGAAAACAGUUGCUGCUGAAUCCAAAUCAUUUGCAGUCAACAUUUUCAAGGGGCAGAUAGCAACUGCCCAAGUGUUCCCCUACCCCUCAGCCCUGAAUGAGGAGCAGGAGCAGUUUCUUCGAGAGCUUGUGGGGCCUGUCGGUAAAUUCUUUGAGGAGGUGAAUGAUCCAGCCAAGAAUGAUGCCUUGGAGAAAGUAGAAGAUCACACCAUGGAGGGCCUGAAGGAGAUGGGUGCCUUUGGCCUACAAAUACCAGCUGACCUGGGUGGCCUUGGGCUAUCAAACACACAGUAUGCCCGGCUGGUUGAGAUUGUUGGCAGUCAUGACCUGGGUGUUGGCAUCACUCUGGGGGCCCACCAGUCCAUUGGCUUCAAGGGCAUUCUGCUUUUUGGGAAUCCAGCCCAGAAGGAGAAGUACCUGCCGAAGCUUGCAACAGGGGAGCAUUUAGCCGCCUUCUGCCUAACUGAACCUGCCAGUGGCUCUGAUGCUGCCUCCAUCAAAACCACAGCUGUUCAGUCACCCUGCGGAAAGUACUUCACUCUCAAUGGAAGCAAGAUCUGGAUCAGCAAUGGAGGUCUGGCAGAGAUCUUCACAGUUUUUGCCAAGACACCCAUAAAGGAUCCCAAGACUGGAGAGAUGAAGGACAAGAUCUCGGCCUUUAUUGUGGAGAAGAGCUUUGGAGGAGUGACACAUGGCCCUCCAGAGAAGAAAAUGGGCAUCAAGGCUUCCAAUACCGCAGAGGUCUAUUUCGAUAAUGUUCGCGUGCCAGCUGACUGUUUGUUGACUGAGGUGGGUGGAGGUUUCAAGGUGGCCAUGAACAUUCUGAAUAACGGACGCUUUGGCAUGGCGGCCGCCCUCUCCGGCACCAUGAAGGGAGUCAUCACCAAAGCUGUGGAUCAUGCAGCCAACAGAACCCAGUUUGGGAACAAGAUCCACAACUUCGGAGCCAUCCAGGAGAAGAUGGCUCGCAUGACCAUGCUGCAAUAUGUCACUGAGUCAAUGGCCUACAUGAUCAGCGGUAACAUGGACAGUGGAGCAACUGAAUUCCAAAUAGAAGCUGCCAUCAGCAAGAUCUUUGCCUCUGAAGCAGCAUGGACUGUGACAGACGAGUGUAUUCAGAUUAUGGGUGGCAUGGGUUUCAUGAAGGAUGCUGGAGUGGAGAGGGUGAUGAGAGAUCUGAGAAUUUUCCGAAUCUUCGAGGGCACCAAUGACAUCCUGAGGCUCUUCGUGGCCCUUAAUGGCUUCCAGAAUGCUGGGAACCAGUUGAAGAACUUACAGAAGGCCCUGAAGAACCCCCUUGGCAAUGCUGGGUUGCUUGCAGGAGAACUCACAAAGAGAGCCAAAAGGAAGGCAGGUUUGAGCACAGGUCUGACACUGCAGGGAACUAUACAUCCAGAGCUGGCACAGAGCGGUGAAUUGACCACUAAAGCCAUUGAACAGUUUGGAGCUGUCAUCGAGGAGCUGCUGAUCAGACAUGGCAAGAAGAUCAUUGAUGAACAAUUUGUCCUGAAGAGAGUUGCAGACACUGCCAUCGACCUCUACGCCAUGGUGGUGGUCCUGUCCAGGGCUUCACGCUCUCUGAGUCAGGGAAAUGCCUCAGCUCAGCAUGAGAAGAUGCUGUGUGAGACCUGGUGUGUGGAGGCCCAUGAUAGGAUAAUGCAAGAUAUCAAGAGUCUGCGCUCCAGUCAAUCCAGGCAGCUCUUCAAGAACUUGCGGGCCAUCUCUUCAGCCGUGGUGGAGAACGGAGGAGUGGUUGCACCUCACCCUCUGGGUUUCUAAACGCACCACACUCUUGUAUCUUCAUGUCGGUUUUCUGUUCUUUUUUCUGCAUCUCUAACCAGGUUCAGUGUCAUCUUUGCCAAGUCCUCUCAGACUUUCUUAUACAGAUUUAUUAUAGCCAUAUUUGCUCCA